ACGGCUCCGUGCUGAUUCGUCAUAAUGUCGCAGCGCACCGCUAUCAAGACUACGUACGCCGUAGAGCGUACUCUACAACCGAUAUAUGCGGGCGGUAGCAUUGCGCUGAGUGAGGAUGGUCGAAUACUUGCGGCUUGUCUCGGGGAAGAUGCUGUUCUCACAGACCUGAGGAACGGCAAGGAACUGGCACGAGUUGAGGGUGAUGGCGAAGUCAUCACCGCUAUGGCCCUUACUCCUUCGGCCUCGCACCUAAUUGUCUGCUCUCGAUCCCUUUCAAUGCAAAUAUAUGCGCUUCAGCCAUCCGAAUUGGAACAGGACUCUAUACAAGUAAAGCGCCUUCAAGCCCUCCGACCACACGCAACGCCAGUUGUUUCGCUAGCGGUCGACCCGACUGGAACACUUCUUGCUACUGGUGGAGCAGACGGCAUUGUCAAGAUCUGGGAUAUCCGUGCCGGAUACUUUACACAUACAUUCCAUGGCCAUGGUGGUGUCAUCUCGGCGCUACACUUUUUCCAGGUUGAGGCCGGGAAGGACGACCUUACGAAUUCUAAAAAGAGGAAGCGAAAUCAGUCAAAGCAGGAGCUCGAAACGAGUACUACUGUUGAUGGAAGUGAUAAUGAGGUCGAGUGGCGAUUGGCAUCCGGUGCUGAAGACGGCAAGAUCCGUAUUUGGGAUUUGCAUAAGAGAAAGAGCAUUGCCGUUCUUGAUUCCCAUUUCUCGGUGGUUCGGACAUUAGAAUUUUCUCCCGAGCAGAACAGCCUGCUCUCUGGUAGCCGAGACAAGACAGUGAUACUGUGGGAUGCUCAAACUUGGAAAACAAAGCGCACGAUCGCAGCUCUCGAGGGAAUUGAGAGUGCCGGAUUCCUUCGUGAAGGACAAGUCAUCUAUACUGGAGGAGAAAACGGAUGCAUACGUCUGUGGACACCAGACUCGGGACGAGAGAUCACCCGAGAGCAGCCCGAAGGGGUUGAGACGGAUGCCAUUGUCGAUACACUCUUCUUUCCGUCAUUGACUUAUAUUAUCUCGGUCCACGCCGAUCAGGUUCUUAAGUUCCACUCCUUAGACCCUCUUAACUCCUCCCUUGUUAUUGAGACCCUCGAGCCACUGCCUAUAUUCCGACGAGUAUCUGGAACGCACGAUGAGGUUAUUGAUCUGGCAUACGUUGGGUCAGACAAGUCUCUUUUGGCUCUCAAUACGAACUCCGAGGAUGUUAGGAUUGUCACUUUAGAGAGCACUAAUUCGAAUGCAGAGGACAUGAAAGACGGAAAGUACUUUGGUGCAGACGUGGCUCUACUCCAGGGCCAUGAGGACAUCAUCAUUUGUUUAGAUGUGGAUUGGUCUGGCCAUUGGCUCGUGACAGGUUCAAAGGACAACACGGCGCGACUUUGGCGGAUAGAUCCAGAGAACGACUCCUACACAUGCCGAGCCGUACUGACCGGUCAUGCUGAAUCGCUCGGAGCAAUUGCCAUUCCCCAUGUUACCCCUGCCGAAGGAUCUGCCGCAUUCGAAAACCCGCUUUCUCAUCCACCGGAGUUCCUCGUUACAGGAUCACAAGAUCGAACAAUCAAGAGAUGGGAUAUCACCAAGGACUCCAAAGGUAAACUUCGCGCCAAGUAUACUCGCAAGGCUCACGACAAGGACAUCAACGCGCUCGACAUCGAUCCGACUGGCAAGCUGUUUGCAUCAGCAUCGCAAGAUAAGACGGUGAAGAUAUACUCAGCAACAGAGGGUGAGGCCAUCGGUGUGCUGAGGGGUCAUCGCCGUGGUGUGUGGACUGUGAAGUUUGCGCCAACGAGCUCCCAGGUACCAGGUGGUGGUGGCAAGGGUUUGAUUGCGACAGGCAGUGGAGACAAGACUGUCAAGAUCUGGAAUCUCUCGGACUACAGCUGUCUGUUGACGCUGGAAGGUCAUUCGAACAGUGUUCUCAAGCUUGCUUGGCUACCAUAUCGUCCAGUCGAUGCUCGCGACAAGCGGGGCCCACAAGUGGCAUCUGCAGCAGGCGACGGCCUUGUCAAGGUCUGGGACUCGGCUAGUGGAGAAUCUAUGUCUACGCUGGAUAAUCACACUGAUCGUGUGUGGGCUCUGGCCGCGCAUCCUACAACAGGUGCUUUGAUAUCUGGCGGGGGCGACAGUGUCAUUACAUUCUGGGAAGACACCACAAAUGCAACCCUCGAGGCAGCCACUACCGCGGAGACGGAACGCAUUGAGCUCGACCAGCAGCUCCAGAAUUUCACUUAUGCAGGCAAUUACCGCGAUGCGAUUACACUUGCUCUGCAAAUGGACCAGCCAGGACGGUUGUUCAGCUUAUUUAAGUCUGUAGUCGAGGCAGAAUCUCCAGACGCCGGAAGCAUGUCUGGUCUGCAUGCUGUAGACGAAGUACUCGCCAAUCUAGCAGACGAGCAGCUGUACAAGCUUCUCAUUCGAUUGCGGGAUUGGAACACAAACGUUCGCUCGGCGCCAAUUGCACAGAAGAUUCUGUGGACAGUUGUUAAAUCUUAUCCGGCUUCGCGCCUCGCGGCGCUGAAGCCAGCUGGACGGGUCGGCGCGAAGGGAAGUCUGAAGGAUGUGCUUGAUGCGAUCAAGGCUUACUCGGAGCGACACUAUCGCCGCGUAGAAGAUCUCGUGGACGAAAGCUAUCUGUUGGAUUUCACUCUCCGGGAAAUGGAUGAAGUGGCUGAAUUAAAGGGCAUAACGAAUGGGACGUCACAGCUCGGCUUGAAUCAGGAUUUAGUGAUGGCAGAUUAAGACAUAUAGGAAGAUUUGU